AUGGAGAAGCCAUCCCUUUCCCUUUUGCUACAAGUAGUACUGCUACUACUCAUUUUGUAUCGGUUCUUUGGCCGCUAUCGCGGCCACAAGUCCAGUAAACUUCCUCCAGGGCCAUACCAAUAUCCCAUAGUUGGAAACACGUUCCAGCUCAGAGGAAUUCUCCAUUCAACACUAUCAAAACUCUCCAAAACAUAUGGACCUUUGAUGUCAAUUAAGGUACUGAACAGAACAAUGAUUGUUGUAUCCUCACCAAAAGUAGCCAAAGAAUUAUUUCAAAAAUAUGAUCAUGUCUACACCUCAAAACUAGUCCCUGAUUCAGCCCGAGCAUUCGAUCAUCACAAGUUCUCUGUUAUCUGGUUACCAGCAAAUAGCAAAUGGCGCAAUCUUCGCAAGCUGUGCAAAGAACAACUUUUCUCCUCGGAGCGACUCAAUGCUAGUCAAGGGCUCCGUCAAGAAAAGGUGCAACAACUUUGUAAUUAUGUCCAUGGCUUUUGCAUUAACGGGGAAGCUGUUGAUAUACGUGAAGCUGCCUUCACAACAAUCGUUAAUGUUGUGUCCAACACUUUCUUCUCUGCUGAUUUUGGUCAUUACGAGUCAAAUUCAUCUCAAGAACUGAAAGAAAUUAUAUCCGCUGUGUUGGGCAUCAUAGCCAAACCUAAUCUCUCAGACUACUUUCUGGUGCUCCGAGCGAUUGAUCCGCAGGGUAUUAGGCGCCAGAUCAAGUUUUACUUCAGAAAAUUGCUUCAAAUAUUCGAUGAAAUUAUUAGUCAACGGCUAAAAGAACGAGAAAAAUCCCUUGCUUAUUGUCGGAGAAAUGACUUGUUGGAGGUCCUCCUUGACCUGACUCAGCUGCGCAAAACUGAAUGGAGCAUUGAGGACGCAAAACAUUUGCUUCUCGUGAAAUCAGACAUUUCUGCACUCCCAUACUUGCGGGCAAUUGUUAAAGAGACCUUUCGCCUUUACCCUCCUGUCAGCAUAAUGAGUCGCCACUACGAGGCCGACAUAGAAAUUGACCAGUAUAUUGUACCCAAAAAUGCUGUAGUACUUGUUAACCUUUGGGCAAUUGGUAGAGAUUCGAGCGUGUGGUCGAACCCUGAUUCAUUUGUGCCUGAAAGAUUCCUAGACAGUGAAAUUGAUGCCAAAGGCCAUCAUUUUGAGCUCCUUCCAUUUAGUACAGGCAGGAGAAUAUGUGUUGGGAUGCCGCUGGCCGACCGGAUGCUUCAUCUGAUAUUGGCUUCACUCAUUCAUAACUUUGAUUGGAAGCUUGAAGAUGGGAUGAAGCCAGAAGGUAUGGACAUGAGUGAAAAGCUUGGAACCACAAUGCAGAAGGCAGUACACCUUAAAGCCAUUCCAAUUAAAGCCACAAUGUGA